AUGGCUUCUACAGAAGUUGUGGGCGCAAUGCCACCGCCAGACGGUGUUGUUCCGGACUUUUCUCUUACAAGAACCUCUGUGCAGCAGAAAUUCAUCGUCACGUAUGCCAUAACCUUGGGGAUUGCCAUUCUUCUCGUUCUACUGCGGCUGUAUCCACGGCUUUUUCUUCUCAAGUCUUUUGGACUGGACGACUGGGCUGUUAUUGCAUCCACUCUCUUCUCCAUAGCCUUCUUUGUGUUAUGCUUUGUUUCAAUGGAAUAUGGGUUCGGCAGACACCUGUACAAUGUCCCAGUCACUUCUCUUCCGAUGUAUCUUAAGCUGCUCAUACCCAUCGUGGUGACCUAUUGCUGGGCGCCUUUUAUGACCAAGUUUUCCAUUCUCAUUCUAUACCACCGUUUAAACCCGUCCCCAAAGUUCCGCUAUAUAAUCUACUUCUUGAUGUUCGUUAUCACAGGCUACACCCUGGCAACAACGCUGGCAACAGCCGGUGGAUGCAAUCCCCUGAAUACAGGAAAAACCCCCUGCAUCAACAGCCUAGCCCUGUGGCAGGCAAUCCUCAACAUCGUGACCGAUUUUCUGAUGCUGUUGAUGCCCAUUCCACUACUAUGGGCACUGCAAUUACCGCUCCUACAGAAACUUUCCUUGGGGUUGAUUUUUGCAAUUGGAUCUGCAGCAAUGAUCACCAGCAUCGUCCGCAUCACAUACAUCAUGAACAUCCUCGACAAGCAAGACUUCACCUGGUACGAAGCAACCGUCUGCGUGUGGUCGGCAAUCGAACUCAACUUCGGAAUUAUGUGCAACUGUCUCGCCGUCCUCAAGCCCCUCGUCCGUCUCGUCUUCCCAAUGCUGGUUCCCAGCUCCUACGGCGAAAACAGAUACCGCUCAGACCGGUCAUACCCCUCGCGGCACCGGAAGCAAAGCGGCUCUCAUCCGCUGGAGUUUUUUGAUCAUGGUGACGGUGGUGGUCGGAGGGAUAUUCAUUUGGGGAACAGUGGGGAGAUUAAGGGCAUUACAGUGACGAGGUCUUACCGUGUUGAUUCGCCGUCGGGGAAUGGGGGUGUAGAGACGGAGAGCACGGAGAAUAUUUUUGAGGCUCGGGGGACGGAGAGUCUCUCGGUUUGUAUUUAA